UGGCCGAGCUGCCUCCGGGGCAGGCAGAGUCUCCGUGGGCCGCUAACCUGAUCAGCCCGGGAUGCUGCAGCCUCUCCGUGGUGACAUCACGGCCAGAUGUUUGGCAGAGCCACACCCCCAGGGGGGGUUGAAGGAGCUCUAACAGGCUGCCUCACUUCUGCCACGCCAGCAUGCGAGGGAAGAGCUGCCGGGGGUGCAGGAGGCCAGCGAUGGAGACGGUCUGCUUCGAGUGGCCAGCUGUUCUGCGGGGGGUUUGCCUGUCUUGACGUGCCUCGCCGGCAGCCUUUCCUCUUGAGAAAGAGGGCAGGAAAGGGGCGAGCCUUUUGCCCACGGAGUCCUUCUUGUGAAACCUGCUCUCUUCCUCUCCUGCAAGGAAGGUGCCCCUGCCAAGCCUCUGGAUGGUGUGGGUUUUUGUGCACCCCCGAGAGGCGUGGAAAAUGGCCACAGCUGCCUACUUCGCUGCCGAGUGCCUGGUCUCCAUGUCCAACCGGGCCAUCAUCCACUGGUCCUCCUGAAGAACCAGACCUCCACCUGUUGGGAUGGCUUCCCCUCUCGCGGACUUGACUCCCAAGGGAGAAACCCGAAGGGAAGGAGGCUGCCAGAAGACAACGGGGCGGGGGGGGACCUCAGUGUAUGCCGUGGCCAAUCUGGCCGACCUCAACCAGCACCUCCCGAAGUCUUCCUCGCUCCAGCUGGAGAAGGUCCCAGAGGAUGGAGCGGAGGAAGGAAGCCAGCGCUCCUUCUCUUGCAGGCAGCGUCGGCCAAGACCUGGCCUGCCAGCCAGCGACUGUGCGGGAGGAGAGAAAGCAGCCACACCUACCCACUUGGCUGCAGAGAACCAGCCCGGCCCGAAACAAAGGAGCAGGAGGGGACGGUGCCAGCUCGACCCAGAAUUACCCCAGAAAAAACACAAGUGCCACUACGUGGGGUGCGAAAAGGUUUACGGCAAGUCUUCGCACCUGAAGACGGGCAUUUCUUCUUCUCCCUACCUUCAUUCUAAUCAGAAAGAUGGAGGCGAGAGGCCCUUCGAAUGCCGCUGGGAAGAGUGUAACAAGAAGUUUGCCCGUUCCGACGAGCUGGCCCGGCAUUUCCGCACUCACACGGGCGAGAAGAAGUUCUCCUGCCCGCUCUGCGACAAGCGCUUCAUGCGGAGCGACCACCUCACCAAGCACGCCCGCCGUCACGCCAACUUCCAUCCCAACAUGCUGAAGAGACGAAGCGGCUGCAGCUCCAGGACGGGGUCUCUGAGUGACUACAGCCGGUCUGAUGGGUCCAGCCCCAGGGACAGUCCUGGCAGUUCCCCCUAAAAAUCUCCCCGCACCUGCACGCUGCUUGCCACCUUCGCGUCCAAUUCUUUGGAGUUCUCGUCGCCUCGUAACGCUUUGCUCCCCACCCUCUUUAAACAAAGCAAGAGAAAACGUGGCCUUGUUUUGAAGGGAAUAAGAGGGUGGGGUUUUUCUCCUGCAAGAUUGCUGCAGAAAUUUUUUUUGGCACAGUAGGACUCGAGUUUUAUACGUUUUUCUCCAUGGUCCUUCCAGGAAUCUUUUCCUGGACAUUUCUUUUUGCUCUGUGUGCGUGUGUGUGUGUUUUUAAGCCUUAAAAAGAUGCUCUUUUGUAUAGUUUUUUCUUUUUGCUCAGGUGUCAAAUGGAAUUUUUGUAGGGAAACAAAAAAUGCAAAAUGCAAAACCAGGAACUACAGCCAGGUUGAUUCUAACUUUCCUCCAUCAAACUCUCCUUUUACUCAGGGAUAUAUGUCUAUUUAUGUACAAUGAAGACACCUCCAGCCACAGCCUUGUUUGAUAAAACCGUUUGCACUCUCAGAACCUGGCUUCUGGUCCUGUCCUGCAAUACAGCAAGGAAGUCAGGCCCAUCUUUGCACUCAAACGAUUGGAUUUCACAGUUGGGGUGAACGCUUGGAGGGAUUGGGGGCCCUCUCCUCCACAAUUUCAAUCAACCAGUCCUCAUUUUCCCCCCCCCCCUCUUUUUUCGGGUCGUUUCAUGCUGGAACGAUUCUGCCACCACCAACUUCCUGUUGCAAGAAGAAGAACUGUCUGUAUAAAAAGUUUAUACUCGAAAAAGAAUUGCAGGGGGUAGGUGGAAGAUUUUUUUUUUUUUAAAAAAAGAAAAACUUGAAGUAGGUGCCUUAAUUGCUUGUUUUUAUUCUAAAUCUAGGAAAAUAUAUUUACACUGGGGAAUAUUUUAUUGACGCAUCAAAGGGGUGGGAUGGUGCUCUCUGGGGAUGACAGCUUGUGACAACUUCGAGCGAUGAAGUUCUGGGCUGAACCCCUGUAUCUGCUUCUCUGUCGGCCUCGCGCAUGAAGUGGGCAUCGAUUUGAAUAAUGUUCCAUAUCCUUCUCUUUGCAAACAAAAACAAAACUCCUCUGGAAACUGUGUUUCAGAGUCUUCCAGUCUUCGUCAAGGUAUUUGUGCUGAUUUCCGGCCCUUUUUGACUUACAAGCCGAAGAGUCUACGGAAUUCUGCAUUAUGGCAAAAAAAGUCCAUCCAUAAUCAGAUGGAAACAAGCAACGGUGAUCCGGCAAUACAAUCUUUUGGAGGAUGGUGGAAGCAACUAGAAAGUGUUAAAAAGAUGGUGUUUUAGCUCAAGAGCAGUUCACAAUUUUCCUCGCUGUCAGUGUAGCGUAGGGUCUGAAGGAUGUACUUAAAUCUUCUCCCCAACCAGCAAAAACUCUCGGAUCUUCCGACAGAUUUCCCUUUGUCCUAUCUAGCAGUUUGGACCACUUAAUCCCUCCAGAAGUCCCUCCAAGCAGAAGGAUCUCCUGCAUCCAGGUGGAACCGAGGGUCAACGUGAAAGCUAGCCUAAAAGAGCUAGCUUUCUUGAAGGUCUUGGGACUACUUAAAGAGUUUAACUCAACAGAAGAGAUCUGUGGAUAUGUAAAACUCCCCUUUCAUGAGUGGGGAGAUGAUUCCUUUCAAAACUGGGCCCCAUGUUUGCUUGGCAUGGAUGGAUGGAUGGACGGAUGGAUGGAUGGACAGACGGACUGUGUCCAAGGUAGAUAAUGCAGCCCUCCUGAAGUGGAUGUUCUCUAGAUGUAACUUCCAGAAUUCCAGCUCUGGAGGUUGCUUUCUCAACAGAUGUGGAAGGUUUUGAUAAGACUCAUCUCUUGCUUUUGAAGUUAAGGUCGGGGGAAGCCAGCCAGAAGGUUGGGAGAUGUGCCUUUCCUAGAAACCUUGUUGCUCUUGAACUUGGCUUCUUCCAAGAUUAUAUUUCAAUGCGUGGAGUGCUUUCCCUGUGAUCGUGUUCCUUUUUUUUU